AUGACAAAGAGAACCAAGAAGGUCGGAGUCACCGGUAAAUACGGUACCAGAUACGGUGCAUCCCUCAGAAAGCAAGUCAAGAAGAUGGAAAUCACUCAACACGCAAGAUACGUCUGCACCUUCUGUGGAAAGACCACCGUCAAGAGACACUCCGUUGGUAUCUGGGAUUGCAAAUCAUGCAAGAAGACCGUUGCUGGAGGAGCUUACACCGUCACAACCCCCGCCGCCGCUGCUAUGAGAUCAACUCUCCGCAGAUUGAGAGAAAUCGCUGAGGUUUAAAUGGCUUGGGAUGGAUGUUUGUUUCUACGGGUUAUUUUUUCUGCGGCACGGGAUAGAUCUCACUUAUGAUAUACAAGGGAAAAGCAUCGCGCUGCAUGAUCGAUGCCGAUAUUCGAUGAGACCGGAUAAAGAAAAAUGAAAUCAUACCCUGCCUCAAUUUAUGGUCCACAUACAACGAUUGCGAAUUUGGUGUGAAUAUGUGAAAUUGGGUUCCAGAAGGAUUAAUCAAGAUGU